AUGGCAUCUGAUAGAGUAGUAAAAAAUGUAGAAGUUCAGAAAGACGAGGAAAUAGAGGAAUUUACUGAGAACUCAAGUUCAGAAAACUCCUUCUUAGAUGGCUCGGAAAAAUCAUCUUUGAAGAGUUCUAUGGAAGGAAAAAUGGAAGAACAAAAAAGUGGUAGUUUUGGUGGUUCUCUGGAGGGCUCGGGAAAAGCAUCCGUGGACGUCUCUGCAAAAUCAUUGGAGCUCACAAAAUCUCCAUCCGUUUCCGUUUCAGAAUCAUCAUCAGUUGAAGUUACAGAUGGAUCUAAGCAAAGUUCUAAGAAAGGAUCCCUGGAAAGUUCUCCAAAAGAAUCUGGAGUAUCAUCUGUUGAGGGCUCUGAAGUUUCACUGGUACACGAGUUAUCAAGGGAUCCAGAACUUGGAAUUGAUAGCUCAACCGAGAGUUCUAAUCAAGAUGUUAACGUAAGUGCAUCCCUUAGAACUGGAGAAGAAGUGAAGGUUUUUGUCAACCCCUUUGGAGCCAAUAUGGAACCUGGCGAAAAAAUGCUUCGUGUGUUCCUAGUAAUUGGUGUAUUUCCACUGCCUGUACUGGGAUGGUUUAUUGGUUUAUUAAGUUCAAUGAGCAUUAAAAGGAAGAAGAGGAUUCAUAAAAUUUUGACCUCGAUUCUGUUUUUGUUGUCACUCGUAGCACUUGUGGCUGGAAUGGUUGUGCUCGGAUAUUUCUUAGUUAAAAACAGCAAAGAUGUUACCACUGUAGUAAAGACCGAAGAAAAGGCCAAGCCAGUAAUUACGCCAGAAAAGGUGAAAGAGGAACUCAAACAUAUAACUGAUGGCGCUCUGAAGGCAAUAGGCGAUGAUUUGCCACCUCAAAUCCCAGGAACAUAUAAACCGGUUUCUAUAACGAAACUUCCCAAGCAAGUAUAUAAAUAUGGGAAGCCAGCAAAUGUAUACAUUCCACCGAAUAACUUACAAGAACCAGUUCCCUUGGCCAAAACCACUGGUGAUUUGAAGUACGAGUUUUAUGAAUACAAACACCCUUCAUCCAAAAAGGAAAUGGUAAUAUUGUUGAGAGGACUGAUUAGCGAGUGGAAAGAACAUUAUAUGUUCAGAUUUUCAGACUAUGUUGAUCACAAUAUUAAGGUGUUCAUGAUUACCGAGAACAAAAAGAAAUUAGAUGUAGCCAAAAUAUUGACAGCAUUGACUAAGGAAAUUGCGUAUAAAACAAAUCUUGGACUUGUUGUUGAAUUGACUGCAGAGGAGAUUUCAGCAUUUGAAGCCGUGCACACAUCAAUGAAAAUAAACAGAAUGCUCGCAAUAACUCCAUCAGCAAAGUGUGAUAAGGAGAAACUUGAGGCCUUGUCUGGAAUGUCACAGGUAGAAUUCAUUGGAAUGUUCGACAAAGAGGUUACAUGUACCUCGGGUAGUAAAACUCCCCUCAUGGUCAUUAAGAAUGGAAAUGUGCAUUUCACUGAAAAGGGUUCAAAAUUGACCGACUUGACCACUUACAUAGUGAAAGAAAAGGUAAAGUGUGAAACAGAAAAACUAACGAGCGAACAAACCAAGAGAUAUUUGGACAAAAUGUACGAUGCAUUCAGAAAGUUCGUCUCUGUGACCUCUGAAGAAGUAAAAGACCAAGCAUCUCUUGAAGCCAUGUGCUUAAAAAUUACUAAUAUUUAA